AUGUCUUCUCGUUUUGUCUCCGGUGGCGCGAUUGAUAGUUCAAGCGGUGAGGCUGUUGCGUUGGGGACAUCGCCUGAAACAAAAAAACACGAUUCGCAGGUGCCUACACGACAUAAUACCGAGUGGGAGGCGGUAGAGCGUGAGCUUCAAGAGCGACGAAAGCGGGCAACCGCCAAGCAAGCGGCCGGCGUUUCCGAUGGAGAAAAAAGCUUGUACGAUGUUCUGGAGGCGAAUAAAGCUGCUAAACAAGCUGCCUUUGAUGAAGCCCAUAGGCUUAAGAAUCAGUUUAGACCACUCGACGAGGACGAGGUGGAUUUUCUGGAUAGUAUUUUGGCUUCGUCGCGGGCGGAAGAGGAACGCGUCAGGAGAGAAACUCAAGAGGGGUUGGACAAGUUCCGAGAAGAACAGCAGAGACAGGAAACCCCUCGAGAUAGGGAUACCGUUGGGAUAGUCGACAAUUACGUAUCUACUAAUGCGGCUGGUUUAUUGCACGAAGGAGGAUGGCAUGUCAGCAAUGCAGCAGGAAGCCGUAAGAGAAAGCGCCGAGAAGACAAAGCAGGACCAUUUAUGGGAUUAAGGCGGAAGGGAGUUGCAUCAGCCGACGCGAAGCAGGACAGAGAACAAAAAUCAGAAGCCACGACGCAUAAGUCGGAUUGUGAACGAGGACAGUUGGGGGGGAAAGUACCUCAAAGGCGAAGCAAUAAAAACAACUUGGAAGAUGGCUCACCAGUUGAGGUGCCCAAAGCAAAGCUGGCCCUUGUUGACUACGGUUCGGAUGGCGAAAUUAGUGGCGGCGAUUAG